ACACCACAUUUUAAGGAGAGAACAGGUACAUCAAGCUUCUGCUCACACUUUCUACACAGCCUCACCCUGCCCGUUGCCAUGGUUAAGUUGAAGGUGGUGAGCUGCUUAUUGGUCGUGGUCGUCUACAUGGUUCUAUCAGAGCUGGCGUUCUUGGAUUACCUCCAGAAGAUGUUUCAAUCUCCCAAGAAGUACGCCGUAGACAUUUCAAGACGAAACUACAUGUAUGAAGGCUACGGGGAUGUUCACCAGACCAAAGGUCAAAACAAAGAGGGGCUUCCUUUGUGUCCCAUGACCUCACCUCUUUUAAGGGGGGGAAUCAACUUGACCUUCCCAUCAGAACUCACCCUCGCCAAAGUGGAGCAGAAGUACCCACAUGUGGAACACGGCGGACGUUACCGCCCGCAUGACUGCCAGGCGAGGCACCACACGGCCAUCAUCAUCCCACAUAGGGACCGCGAGCACCACCUAAAGUUGUUGCUUUACCACCUGCAUCCUUUCCUGCAGCGGCAGCAGCUUGAUUACAGCAUCUACGUCAUUCACCAGGCUGGGAACUUCACAUUUAACAAGGCCAGGCUGAUGAACGCCGGCGUCCGGGAGGCCAUGCAAGAGAGGGAAUGGGAGUGUCUCUUUUUCCACGAUGUGGACCUCAUUCCCAUAGAUGACCGCAACAUCUACGUGUGCGGAUCCAACCCCAAACACGCCGCCGUCGCCAUCAACAAGUUUGGCUUCAAGCUUCCGUACGAUGCAUACUUCGGAGGAGUGACUGCUUUCACGCCUCAACAAUACCGCACAAUUAACGGGUUUCCCAACAACUACUGGGGCUGGGGUUGUGAGGAUGAUGACAUUGGGCUCAGAGUGUAUAUGGCAAAAAUGCGUGUCCAACGUCCGUCCCUGGAGGUGGGACGCUACAAAAUGAUUAGACACAAUCACGACAAAGGCAACAGUGUCAACCGGGAGAGAUCCAAAUAUCUGGUCAAUGCACCUGAGAAUUGGAAGAGGGACGGCUUGAACAAAGACAUGUAUGAGGUCAUCUCCCGGGAACGCCUGCCCCUCUACACCAACAUCACGGUCAACGUCGGGACACCAACCGGCCUGCAUCCGCCUCCAUAGAUGGCGCCAGCCCCGGCCUAUCAUGUCACAGAGGCCACCCGUGCUGCCAAACCUGGGAAAUCAUAACAAGGGCUAAUUAAGGCAUAUUGUAAAUAUUAAAGACGUU